UCAGCCUCGUCGCCAGAGUCAGUCGCUCGCCGGGCCCCGUCGACGCUCCACGUGAUCGUCGAGGAUCGGCGUUUCCACGUUCACGAACGAGAGAAAGGGAAAGAAAGAGAGAGAGAGAAAGAGGGACGCUUCGGGUUUCUGCGUGUGUGUAUAUGUGUGUCCGUCUCUCUCCCUUGUUUUCCAAAUUCUAGUGCGCCCUUGAAGAGGAAAAAUCAAAACAAGGGAAGAAAGGAGACAGAAGAAGGUUAAAAAAAAAAAAGGACGACCGCUCGUGACGGAAGCGAUCUCUUCCCGCGAGAAGAGAAGACAUUCGACCGAAUCGACGUCGCUCUUUGCUUUUCGGACGCGAAUAUUUGGAUUCGGGGCCCGAGACCAGAGAACCAGCACGGUGGUGUCUAACUGCGACCAUCUACCCUUCGAAGGGCAGGAAAUCGACAUUGUCUGCGUCAAGAGAAGAUAAACGAAAAUGGCGGUAUUCGGCUUAGUCUCGGCGGUCGCCGGCUUCGUCAAGGUACGAUAUCUGAUUGACAAGGCCACCAUCGACAACAUGGUAUUUCGGCUACAUUACAGGACCACGGCAGCUAUGUUGUUUGUCUGUUGCGUCAUCGUCUCAGCGAAUAACUUGAUAGGUGAUCCCAUUCAAUGUCUAACGGAAACCGGCGCUGUAUCCACUCACGUGAUGAAUACUUAUUGCUGGAUUACGUACACAUUCACGCUACCGGGGACUGUCUCGAAACCCGCGUCCCACGUGGCCCACCCGGGUCUGGGUAGCGAUGUUGGCGAGAAGAGGUUCCACUCGUAUUAUCAGUGGGUGCCCUUCAUGCUGUUCUUACAAGGCGUGCUCUUCUACACACCGCAUUGGAUGUGGAAACAAUGGGAGGAGGGAAAAAUCAGGAUAAUAUCCGAGGGUUUGAGAGGUGCCAUGGUCGAUAGCAAGCAGGAACGACAGGCCAAGAUCGAAAGACUGGUCCAGUACCUCGUCGAAACCAUGCACCUGCACAACAGCUAUGCCGCUGGUUACUUCUUCUGCGAGGCCCUCAAUUUUGUCAACACCAUCGGCAACAUAUUCUUCGUGGAUGUCUUCCUGGGUGGCGCUUUCCUUACGUACGGUACCGACGUGAUCAAGUUCAGCAACAUGAAUCAGGAGCAACGUAACGACCCGAUGAUCGAGGUGUUCCCGCGGGUGACCAAGUGCACCUUCCACAAAUACGGUGCUUCCGGCUCGCUACAAAAGUUGGACGCGCUCUGCGUGCUGGCGCUCAACAUCAUCAACGAGAAGAUCUACAUCUUCCUGUGGUUCUGGUUCAUCAUCCUGGCCGUCUUCUCCGGUGGCGCUAUGCUGUACAGCAUGGCCAUAGUGCUGAUGCCCAGCUGUCGCGAGACGAUCAUCAAGAAACGCUUCAAGUUCGGCACCUCGGCUACGGUCAGCGCGCUCAUCCGAAAGACUCAGGUCGGCGACUUUCUGAUGCUUCAUCUGCUCGGACAAAAUAUGAAUCUCAUGAUGUUCAACGAGGUGCUUGAGGAACUGUGUCGCCGUUUGCAAUUCGGCGGCAGCAGCAGCGGCGCGUCGCCGACGUCGAUGCCGUCGGCGCCCAGCACCCUGGAGAUGUCACCCAUGUAUCCGGAGAUCGAGAAAUUCGGGAAGGACACCGAGAUCUAAGCAACCCUAAAGUCGACUUUUCUCCACCGCGCCUUCCCACGUCCACUUCUGUCCGUAUUGUGAUAAUACCGAGGGCGGCACCAUAUGUUGUCCGCCGUUGUCUCGGUGCCAAUAAUAAAGAGAUAGGUUCGUGCCGCAUCGUCAGGUGUAAUUUGGUCCUCGUCUUUCGUCGACGAGAAUUUCGACGUGUUUUUCGCGUUUAUAUUUACAUCGCCAACGACGAAUCUUCCAAACUGUGCUGAGGAUCACUAGAAGAAACGCAAUCUCCUCUCUUUUCUCUUCUCUAUUUAAUUACAUUUCUCUUCUCAAGAUCGCGAAUUAUUCCUGACUAAAGUUUCAUUUAUUCAAGUUCUCAGCAUCAUCCGCGUAUAAAAUAAUAUAUAAUAAUACGUAUAAAAAGAGUUUGUCUCGUCGCAGCUUCCUGUCUGUCGACGCUUCUAUUUCAAUGUUAUUAUGAGGCUUUCAUUGCAACGUUGUUAUAUGUGUACGUCGUUUCGCGCUUGUAUAAACCGAGCUUGAAAAAACGCGAUAAACAACGUGAAGCCGAUGCUAAUGAGAUUCUUGACUAUUCCACGGCUGUAUAAGAGAUUUUCAUUCACUCCGAAGUUAAAACGCACAAAGUCACUCCACUGUUUUCCCGACCAUUUACUUCUGCAUUUUCUUCGAAAUAUUUUCUCUCGAAUAAUGCGCUGUGGAAAGAAACGAGUAUCGCACACUGAGAAAUCAGAAGGAUUCGCUUUCACCGGCGGCGACGGCACGAAUCGACAUUAAUUAGAUUAUCGAAUAUAUAAUGUAGACGUUAAUGUAGCGCGAUGCUCUCGAAUCGAUAAGACCGUUUGCACGUGUGACUGUUGAUAAGCUGUCAAGUUGCAACAGGUGCGAGAGACUUUUCUUUCGUCAUCCUAGGAUCGAAUCAUUUUAAUUAUUAUUCAAUCGUUGAUUAAUUUUGAGAGAGUAGAACGCAGUCACACGUGGAACGCGCGUAAAAUUGAUAACCUAGGGUUUUCCUUGGCCCCUGUUUCGCGCGAAUGUAAUUCACAUUCCUCUUGACACAUUACUGUUGUAGAUCAUCGAGGAGAAGAGAAAAGCGAGCUACGACACACUGCUAUAUGUUACUUUGAUAUUUGCUUCUGUUGCGAUACGUAAAAAUAUCAUAGAUCAGAGCUCCGCUUAUAUAUUUUUUUUCACGAAAUAAUAAUAGGAAGUUGUCCUGUGUUAUUCGUCACGUGACGAGAAACGUGCGCCAUCGUUAUCGAUCUCGUCGUAUCGCAUAGUAAUUUAAAGAAAAUAAAUACAUCGAUAGGGUACAAGAUCCAUCAACGAAUCUUUCAAACAAAUUGUAUAUCGAACUUUGUUUAGAAAAUGUUAAUGCAUUAAUAUUAGAGCGAAUCUCGCGUGUAGAAGCAUCGCGCAAUUAUAAAGCUGCGCGAAACAUCGUAAAAGCACAUUACAUAUCGCGCAUUACAUAAAACCAGUACACUGCCUAGUGUGUAAUCUAAUAGAGACACGAAAUCAUACAUCAACAAUAGUCUAGCAGGCGGAAGGAACAGACAUAUCAUUAUAUUCGCGCAUCGUAUGCAUCGUGCUUUUUUUCUGUUUAAUUUUUUCGAAAAUAUUUUUGCGCGACUGAUGCAACGAUUGUAGACUAAAUUGAAGUUAGUAGUGUAAUUUAAUUGAAAAAAAAAUGAGAAUGAUGCUCGACAUUCGUGCGAACACAUUCGAUAUAGAGGAUCACCAUUUAAUUAAGCAAGUGGAUUAAAAUAACGGUUGUGCGAAAUAUGUGUAAAAUGUGUUUUCGAGAAUUGGAAAAUUAAUUCAAAACAAAAUUUCCUCUAUAAGAAAGCAAAAUAAUUUCUUCGUAAAAUAAAAGAAGAUAUCCAUUUUUUAAGACACUUGCUACAUGAUUUCUGGGAAAUAUCUAAAGUAGGAAAAAGUAAUUGUGAAGUGAAAAUCAAAUAAGCGAAUGGGGUUCCUCUAUCUGUAGAUUAUAUAAUUACAUAAUUCGAAAAGAUCUUCUUACGUCAUUUUCUUAAUGAUUAUUCUUCGAUAUAAUUAAAUACUUCAUUACUUAACUCUAGAAUUGGGAUCGCGAAAGAAUAGCGUCAUCGUCCCCGAUAUUGUAAUCGGCGCGUCUAUCCCGUACGUAGACUUUUAAUUGUCGUAAUUAAUUAUCACGUACACGGUAAUCCUCCUUCCUGUUAGCGAAAGACAAUAGAAACUUUCCCUCGACGCUCAGAUAUUAUACAUCUCUCCUCAUCCUUUCACCUUCCCUCCUUUGCGUCUGAGAGAACAAUGUGUAAACGCUGCCGACAAUAACUAUGUAUGACGACAAUAGUGUCAAACUAUUACAAUCCUUCCCUUUUACGGUAUCCGUUAGAUUGCCGAUUAAUCGCGCUCCGAGUGAUAUCUCUUAAGAUAAAGAUUUAAGAUUAAUCAUUUAAGAUGAACGAAAGAAAGGGAGAGAAAGAAAGAGAGAGCGAGAGAGAGAGAGAGAUAGAGAGAAUGAGUAAUCAAUUUAUAGGUUUAAUAGUUGUUCGCAAAAGUGCCUUCUAUAUAUAUAUAUAUAUAUAUAUAUAUAUAUAUAUAUAUAUAUACAAUAUAUAUAUAUACAUAUUGUAGGAUACGCGUUAUUUAGCGUAUCAGCGUAUUCUUUAAAAGGAGCGAGACAUUACUCGCGUUUCGAUACGAGAGGAAGACUGCCAAUAUGUGCAACGUCGUUGUAGCAAUUAAAAUACGAGACAAGAAAUGAUAGAAAAUAAACGAGAUUCUUUCCAAUUA